AUGUCACUAACCGGGACUAGGCUUCCCAUAGCAAACCAGAUUCCAGUUAUCAAGGCUGCAUUGACAGCCGGAAAGCAUGUUCUCUCGGAGAAGCCUGUUGCUGAGAACAUCAAGGAUGCUGAGGAUCUCAUCCGAUGGUACCGUACUGACUUCAAGGGGCCCACUUGGGCUAUUGCUGAAAACUGGCGAUUUCUGAAUAGCUGCCAAUUUGGAGCGGAUCAGAUCAAGGGUCUUGGCACAAUCACGGGCUUCUAG